AUGACCAUCAACAUCGAAAGUGUCCCUACUUCUGCUUCGACGCAAAACCAGGCCGGCAAGAGUGCCAGUAGCGAUGAUAUGGCUACCGCAAGUAGCUUAAAUAAAGCAACUACACCGUCGUCCAUAGAACUUGUGUCAGAAGUUAUCGAUCUAAGCGAUGACUCCGACGACCAACCUACCAGUUCCUCCCGUCCCGUAUUACCCAACGUGUGCAUUCCCUUGGGAUAUGACAUAGUAAUGCCUCGAACGACGAAAUAUUCCUGUCGUAAACAGUCACCAACCGCCAAAAACGAGACAAAAAGCAAAGUAAAACCAAGCAGCAUACCCGCACCAGAGUCACCGAAGAAGCGAAUGGUGGUCAUCGAUGGUAACAACGUUGCGACCAUCAGGAAAGUGUUCUCUGCAAAACGGUUGGAAAUAUGUUUAAAUUAUUUCAAAACGCUAGGCCAUGAAGUAGUCGCCGUAGUGCCUCAGUACAGGCUAAACAGAAGCCAAAGCACCGAUCAGAUGCUGCUACAAAAGCUGUACCGGCAAGAGGAAAUAACGCUAGCGCCCAGCAAAAAACUUCCAGGCCAAUUUUCUAACGCGUACGAUGAUCGGCUAAUACUUGCGAUAGCGGAGAAAUUUGACGGUGUUAUCGUAUCAAACGACUACUUUCGAGAUCUCUUAGAUGCAUCUCCGGCAUGGCGUCACUUAAUAUUGAAUCGUGUGCUUACCUUCUCGUGGUGUCGAAACGAAUUCUUUCUCACACCGGAUCCGUACGGACAAGAUCGUCCCAGUAACGAUCAAAUCUUAAACGGUUAUUCGGCCUGAGGCGGCACCUCUGUUAAAAGAUGCGCUUGCUGACCUGUACUGUACCAUAUGUAAUA